AUGGUCACUUAUGCUGGACUUAUGAAGAGAAAGGCUGAAGAUGAUGAAGCAGGGAACCGUCAGCGCGAAAAGGACCGAAUUCGGCGUCGAAUACAAGCGGCUGAGGAGAGACGUCAAUUCCUUGAUGGGGUGCCCUCUGAUUAUGACACUGAUGCUUCCGAAGAGGAAGCUGAGUGGGUGUUUCCAGAGUGUAAGAUAAAGCCUGACAGAUAUGAAAGAGAGUUCCGGAAGACCAUGAAGAAAAUUGAAGCUGAAGCGGAAGAAGAUUCGGACUCAGAUGAUGAUCUUGAUGCCUAUCCGGACUUCAUCGACGGUCCUGACGCUGAUUCCGACGAAGAGGAAGAUAGUGAUGACAAAUCUGAUGAUUCAGAUGAUGAAAAGGAAAGUGAUGACGAAUCAGAUAAUUCGGAUGAGUCUGACGAGUAG